AUGUUUUGUUUGGAUCGAAGAAUUUGUUUUUCUUCAGUCAAAGAGAUCCAGAUUGCUCAGCAGGAAGAAUUCUUCAAUGAGUAUCAAGAUGAUGCAAUGGAAAUGUCUGAUGGAGAAGAUGGUGAGCCUGGAACGCCAGCUGAGCCACCCACCAAGAAAACGAAAUCAGAGAUUGAUCAAAAUUUGCAAUAUGAGAAUGAUGCUUUGAAGUGUCAGCUAGAAGCUUACAAGAAUGAGAUUAAUAUAGCCAAACAAGAAUCCCUGAAUUCUUUGGAAAUGAAAGACAAGCAAAUAAAAGCUUUACAAUUGGCAUUACAGGGAAUGCAACAACAAUUAAUUUCUUCCCGUCAGCUGUCAAACAGUUCUGAAAUGCCAUCAUCUAGCAAAAAUGAUACGUUGACAGAUUCUACUUCUGAAGAAAAUUCCUCAAAAAGUAAAGAUCCGACACCAGAUCAAGAGAAUCAGUCAGUUGAUUCUGAAGAUCAAAGUGCAUCCUCUUCCAACAUAAAUGACUCCUUACCCUGUCUCUCCUUGUCCACAUCUCAGGCUAUCAACAGUAAUGACUUAGUUAUCUCUAAGCAACAAAUCAAACUCAUUGGUUUAUUAAGUUGUUUUUUGAAUGUGCAUCCAAUGGGAGCAAGUCCUGAUUAUAUCUGGUCAUACCUAAAGCAGAUGCAGAUACAAAUACGUGCAAGUGAGAUAGAAGAAUUGCUUGAGAGAUUACCGUCACUCUUCAAACUGGAAGUCUUUGGUUGUGGGGCAUCACUUGAGCGCAGGUGGAAGUUCACAGUGUUUUUGAUUAAAUAUCUUCAUUAUUUUAUAAAAUCACUCGUCUUCACUGUGCUCCUUCUUUUCUCAUUUUCUGCUACUGCUUGUACCUUCUCCAGUCAGGCUUUCUGCUACUGCUUGUACCCUCUCCAGCCAGGCUUUCUGCUACUGCUUGUACCCUCUCCAGCCAGGCUUUCUGCUUGCUGGCCUUGA